AUGGUCGCGGGCUUGGGUCCCGGGCUGGGGCGCAGAGGCGGCGGCUGCUGCUGGGGCCGGAGUCGGGGCGCGGUUCUGCUGCUCUUCUUCUCGCUGUCGCCGCGGCCCCCGGGCGCAGCGGCGUGGCUGCUGGGGCUACGGCCGGAGGACACGGCGCCCGGGCGCGUGUGGCUCGAAGGGGGAGCGCUGCGGGCGGCCGAGGGGUCCCGCUUCCUUCUGCGCCUCUACUUCCAGCCGACGGCCGACGGCAACGCCAGCAGCAGGGGGCUGGAGGAGCACAGCGAGCGACGGCUGGUCUUCGUGGAGGAGCCGGCCGAGCUGGAGCGCUGUCCCGAGCGCAGCGCCUGGGCCUCGGAGGUGGAGGUGCUGGGCCCGCUGCUGCCCGGAGGCUCGGCCGGCUCGGCCCUGGCCGAGGUGAAGGUGCGGGAGCCGCGCAAGGGCGAGGCGGGCGGGGCGCGGGGGGGCCGCCGCUUCUGGCUGUGCGCCUGGGACGGGCGCGCCUGGCAACUGCACGGCGCGCCCGGCGGCUUCGUGCUGCAGGUGGAGGAGGCUGCGGCGGCUUUGGCUGCGGGGCUGGUCCCGCUGCCGGCGGCGGGCUGGCUGCGGGCGCUGGUGGCGCUGGUGCUGCUGGGCCUGUCGGCGCUCUUCAGCGGCCUGCGCUUGGCGGUGCUGUCGCUGGACCCGCUGGAGCUGCGCGUGCUGCGCAACAGCGGCUCGGCGGCCGAGCGGGAGCAGGCGCGCAAGGUGGAGGCGGCGCGCGGCCGCGGCGGGAGCGGGACUCACCUCCUGUGCACCUUGCUGCUGGGCCAGGCCGGCGCCAACGCCGUGCUAGCUGGCUGGCUGUGCGCCGCGCUGCACGGCGACCCCAGCCCCCUGGUGGAGGCCGGCCGAGGCGUGCCCUGGGUGCCUGUGCUCCUCUGCACCGGCCUGGUCUUCCUGGGCGGCGAGGUGUUGCCCUACUCGGUGUGCUCCCGCCACGGGCUGGCCAUCGCUGCGCACACGCUUUGCCUCACCCGCCUGCUCAUGGCUGCCACCUUCCCGCUCUGCUAUCCGCUCAGCCGUCUGCUGGACUGGGCCUUGAGGCAGGAGCUGAGCACGUUCUCCACGCGGGAGCGGCUGAUGGAGACGCUGCGUUCGGCUGACCCACAUGGGGACCUGGUGAGUGGGGAGCUGGCCAUGGUGCAGGGCGCGCUGGAACUGCGUACCAAAGCCGUUGAGGACAUCCUGACGCCCCUGAGUGACUGCUUCAUGUUGCACUCGGAUGCCGUGCUGGACUUUGCCACCAUCUCUGAGAUCCUUCGCUCGGGCUACACACGCAUCCCAGUCUACGAAGGCGAGCGGCGGGACAACAUUGUCGACUUGCUUUUCGUCAAGGACUUGGCCUUUGUAGAUCCUGAUGACUGCACCCCUCUGCAGACCGUCACCCGUUUCUACCGUCGGCCACUACACUGCGUGUUCCAUGACACACGACUGGAUGCUCUGCUGGAGGAGUUCAAGAAGGGAAAGUCACAUCUGGCAAUUGUGCAGCGGGUGAAUAAUGAAGGUGAAGGAGACCCCUUCUAUGAAGUGAUGGGGAUUGUAACUCUUGAAGAUGUGAUUGAGGAAAUUAUCAAAUCAGAGAUUCUGGAUGAAACCGACCUCUACACUGACAAUCGGAAGAAGGAGCGAGCACCCCAUCGGGGUCGGAAACCCCAUGACUUCUCCAUUUUCCAGCUUUCAGAUAGUGAGAUAAGAGUGAAGAUUUCUCCUCAGCUUCUGCUGGCCACACAUCGCUUCAUGGCUACAGAGGUGGAACCCUUCAAGCCACCAUAUCUUUCAGAGAAGAUCCUGCUGCUGCUCCUCAAACAGCCCAAUGUCAUCCAAGAAAUGAAAUUUGACCACAAGAACAAACGAGCCCCUGAACACUACCUCUAUCAGCGCAACAGGCCGGUUGACUACUUUGUGCUCAUCUUGCAGGGAAGAGUGGAGGUGGAAGUAGGAAAGGAAGGCCUGCGUUUUGAGAAUGGAGCCUUUACCUACUAUGGUGUCCCAGCCAUCAUGGCUGUUGUCUGCUCAGAUAAUGAUGUGCGCAAAAUGAGCAGCCUGGCAGGAUCAUCUUUCCUGUUACCUGUGUCCAUGUCUCGUACCUUCGCCUUCAGCAGAGGGGAAUCUUUGGCUGGCUCCCCAGUGAACCAGUCACCUUCGCGAUGCAGUGGCCUGAAUCGCUCUGAAUCCCCUAUCCGAGAGCGUAAUGACUAUGGAGGCAGCAGCACCCAGCUCCACAGUGGCAGCAACAACAACAUCUACACACCAGACUACUCUGUACACAUCCUCUGUGAUGUACAGUUUGUCAAGAUCACACGGCAGCAGUACCAGAAAGCACUGGGUGCUAGCCACAUGGAUAGCUCACCCCAGACCCCCGACAUGGAGGUUUUUAACGAUGGAGACUCCACAAAGGCUCCCACAGUCAGGGGCACUCCACAGACACCCAAGGAUGAUCCUGCCAUUCUCCUGAAUAUGAGAAACAGCAUUGUAGUUAGCCAUUCAGAUGGGCGCUUGAAGAGCCCCACAGACUCUGUGUUUUUGCACAUGGAGGGAAUCCCGCACAUCCAAGAGGAGCUGGCAAGGGGGACAGAAAGCAACACACAGCAGAAAAAUGAAGGCUGUGGUGUCACAUUGGAACCUGAGACUUCAAAGAGAGAAAUGGAGACCAGCACAUCCCCCAGUGGUCCAGAGGAGCCCCUAGGCAAGAAACUGCUUCGUACCCUCAGUGGGAGGAGAAGAAAGCCAUCAGCAGAGAGUGAAAAGAGUUCUGAUGAUAAUUCCAACUUCACCCCUCUCAUCACAUGAGAGCUUUUGAGCCUCCCACAGGUUUGCAGCAUGACAUCUAACUGAACAAGGUUCAUGUGUGCGUGUGAUGGCACUUGCUUCUCUCCCACAUUAUCUGUCACGCCUCCAGGGCUUGCGAUUCAGAUGGCAGAUGUUUGAGAGCCAAGCUGGAGAGGUGGAGCCAGAACUUAAAAGAGUUGACCAUCGGGUCUUCACAAAAGGUGGAUAAAGAAAGGUAGCAGAGCAUUGGAGGGUGUAGGACCCUGUGGGUAGCUUAAACCUCACCAUCACAAAUUACUUCCAGCAGGGUAAUGCCCAAUGAGAACAGGCACACAAUCCCAGCUGGAAGUAUCUACCCUUCCUUACGCAUGGUCCUGCACAUUGGACUCCCUCCUGUGCAUGUAUGUGCAGUAACACUCCCCCUGUAGUCAUCAACAUACAAGCAUUCUCCAGGACAUGUCUGAGAUCUAUUGUUGUCUAGAACCAGUUGGCUUUGGGUUUGCAGCUUGUCUCACAGACCAGUACACUGAUCACCUUUCAUCUGUGAGCACAAAAUCAAACAAACAUAGGAGUGUGGCUCCAAACAGAGCCUGGCCUUCCAGCUCAGUUCAGAAGAAAGAGGGAGUUUUGAAGUCAAACAUCAAUAAGGGAGAAAUAAAAUGUACUUGUUUUACAUGAA